CAGGUGGCCGCGCAGGUGGCCGCGCUGGCGGCGCAGGCGCUCGGGGGCUGCCUCCGCGGCGGCCUCGGAGAUGGGCGAGGGGGCGGUGCGCGCGCGGAGUGGGCCGUGGCGAUGGAGGAGGUGCGCCCCCCGUCGCCGCGUUCGACGUGGAGCCUGGCGAUGUGCUGCUGGUGUGCCGCCCGCUGGGCGCCGGCGCGCCCGGGGGCUGCCCGGACGGCCCGCCGCCCGUGCGGGGAGCUCACGAGAGGACCUCGUGGACGUGCUCCUGCACGCGCUGGUGGACGACGCGGCCACGGGCCUGGCGUGCGCCGCGCUGGAGAGCGGGCGGGCCGUGGCCCCGCAGGCGCUGCUGCAGGGCGAGGGCGCGCUGCUGCCGCUGCUCUCGGGCAGUCGCCCGGAGUACCGGCCGCCCCGCGAGCGCCU